AUGUCAGUAUUAUGUAGAAGGACCAAGAUACGUGUCUUCAAAGCCUUGAUACUUCCAGUUUUACUACAGGGUAGUGAAACCAAUGCUUACACCGAGAGACUGGUACAGGCUCUGUUACUUGCACAAUCCGUGAUCGCCAACUCAGGCAAUAUGGCCAACUGGCUCGUUUCCCAGAUGAUGAUCUUUCCCACCAGGAUGUCUCUGUUCGAGGAGGCCUGUGAAGAGCUAGAGAUGGGCCGAACCCCUACCUGGCGACCGCUAGCAGCCGCAGCUCCCCUUGUGCCUGACCGAGCAGCGCCCCUUCGCCAGCGUCAUGAACAGGUCCUCCUUCCUCGCUCUCCUCGUGAUGACGACCCUCCUGCUGGCGUCUUCUCCCGCCGAGGCGCGCGCCGCCGUCCUCUGGAGGGCCGAGAGGUCGCCUCAGGGGUCAUCUGCGGCUGCGGCGGCGGCGGCUGCGGGCUCGGGAGGAUCGUCCGCCUCGGCGGCAGCGUCUUCAUCAUCCUCCGGAGGGCAUGGAGGAUCCUCGUCGUCGGCUGCGGCUGCGUCGUCUUCGUCGGGUUAAAGGGCGUCAAGGAGGAGGAGUCGCUAAGGCAGUUGAAGAAGGAAAAGGAGCUGGAGGACGAGGAGUUCACUGAGCAACAGCUUGAUAAACAAGAUCUAGUGAAACCAACAAUGAUAACAACAAAAGAGAUGAAAAGACAAAUCCAAAAGUCUUGUAUUUAUUCCAUUUCGUUUUCAAUAAAUUAGCCACCAUGACACGA